AUGCCAACUUAAAUAGUAUAGAGAAAAAGAAAUACAUCUGAAAAGAACAAAAUUCAUUCUAUUUUAAAAUGCCAAAAAUCCAAUGAAAUUAGAAAUAGGAAAGACAGAAGUGGUAAUGAUAUUAUUCAUGGUGGAAAUUAUAAAAUAACUUUUCAAGAUAGUUUUAUAGUCCUGAAAACAAAUUCAUACACACCAUAGAAUGAAUUUGAAAAUUACUCAGAAUCUGAAUAGUCCGAUCACUCUGAAUCGGAAUUAUCAUAAUUUUAAGAAUAGAUUCAAGGUCCUUAAGUUAAUUAGACUUUAGAAGUUGUUCCUAAAGUAGCAUAAACUAAUUGUGACUUAGAAAUAAAAAUUGAGAUCGAUUAGGAAUUUCCAAAAACAAAUUCUCACUAAUCAUCUAAAAUUGGAACCAAAUCAACCUAAAAGUCUCAAUGCUGUACAACUUUUUGA